AUGACAAGUACAAGCGAAUUUCUAAUAAAUUCCUAUAUAUUUUCUACAUCCAAUAAUUUUCAAAAAGUAAAACUUCUAAUCGAUGAAGGCAUUCAACUCCGAACACAAGUCAAUCCGAAUACAUGUUUGGAAGAGCUUAUUAUUCAAAUUGCUACCAUACAUGAUUUGUCAAUUCUUUUCGCACUUGCACCUUACCUAGUUCAUUUAGAAUUAUGUAUUGUACGUAAUACACCACAAGAGUUAGUUCCUCAAUUUCGAUUGAAUGUUAUACCUCAAGUAUUAAAAGAAUUUUACAUACAAACAGUACAAUUUCAAGUAAUUCCGUUUCAAGAUCUAUUACGACCACUCAUUUGUAAUAUUCCUUCGAUUGAAUAUCUUUCCGUUAGCGUGAAAACUGACGAUCCUGAUUAUGCGGAGGCACACCUUUGGACAGAUAUGAUCGCUAUUAUGCCUUCUCUGAAAACAUUCCUCUUGGGUCUUGAAAUACAAAUAACAACAAGUUUACUUAAUCGUUUUAGUGAUGGUAUAUAUGCUGAACUGAAAUCGGUUGUUUUUAAAUCGUUUGCAGAAAAUUUCGAUUUGUCUUCAUCCUUUCGUAUAUAUACAAACCUAUCAACAUUAUUUAUUGAUAGUGUUCCUUAUCGAUUCAAUCGUGAACAAAGUUAUAACACAUCUCCAGAAGCUGUUCGCGCUCUCUGUACUAAUACGGCACACUUGGAGCAACCAUCUCACAACAUUUUUGGACUCACAAUGAAUGGCGAAUAUGUUCCGAUAAUUAAAAACGAUUAUCUUGAAGUUAUUCGUCAGUUUUCCUCUAUCACAUGGCUUUCUCUUAGUUCGAUAAAUGUGUAUGAUCAGGAGAAUGAAAUCGAUGCAGCACUUCCAGCCCCAUUGACACUCAAACAUCUCAAUUCAUUGUUUUAUUGUCGUUCGACAGAAUGCAAAGUGAAUAGAGUGCUUUUUGAUCAACUCUUCUAUGGUCAUAAACGACUUGACACUCUCAAAAUGAUGUACGGCGAUUUAAUCUAUCUUCUACGUACAGCAUCACCUUCAAUCAAUGGCAAUCAUAUUAAAGACCUGGAAUUAUUUUGUCAAGGGGCUGAUGGAGCUGUUCGUCUCCUGGAUUUACAUCAUUUAAUAUUGACAUUUCCUCAACUUGAAUGUCUAAGCAUUCAAGUCGUAUCGAGUAAAUUGAUAAAGAAAAAUCAGGUAGAAAUAAUUGAAGAGCUGAUCAGAUCAUUUAGACGACUUCGUUCAUUUCGAGUCAAUUGCACACGAGGGACUUUGAAAUUGGCUCGAUCACUUAUGGAAAAUGAUCAAAUGAGAUUCGAAUGGCUCACUCAUGUUAAUGCUAUUGGUUCACAUUUAAUACUUAAACCUAAAACUUUAGCACUUUGGAAGAGUGUUGAUACAACUAUCAAAAUCUGA